AUGAUUUCUACCUAUUUUUUCGUUUUCAUUAUAUUGAACCUCUUACGUUAUUCACAAUCAUUACAAUCUGGUUAUACAUGUGAAACAUCAGUAACGUUAACAUGUUCUCAAUCACAAAAAAUUGUCAUUCUUGAAGUAAUUUAUUCAUCGGAAUGUCCAAAUAUAAAUGAAAAAUUAAAUGGUACAUCAAUAUAUGCACCAUCUCGUUGUAUUGGUUAUUAUCGUGAACGAGCAAAUACUCUAUGUAAUGGAAAAGAAAACUGUAUUAUAGACAAUAGUCUUGAACAACGUCCAUCAUUUUUUGCUGGUAAACAAGCUAAUUGUGCAUUUAAAGGACAAAGUAUAAAUAUUGAAUAUUCAUGUAUUCCUGAUUUUUCUUCAAAUAAAUUACCUCGUCUUGACAUUUGUUCAUUACAAUCUUUCGAUAACAUUACAGAAGGUUUUAUUCGUACACCUAAUUAUCCAAAUAAUUAUCCGAAUAAUCUACAAUGUUCAAAGACAAUACCAAUACCAGUUGUUAGUCAUCGACUAAAAAUUUAUGCUCUUGAUUUUGAUAUUGAAAGUAUUAGUGUAACUCGUUUGACGAGUAUUACACGUAUUAAUGAUUGGUUAGAAAUAAAUAAUAAUGGAGAAAAAUUAUAUGGUAUACGAUCACCAUUUACACUUUUAUUUGAUGAUGUUAUUGAAGCAUCAUUAAUGUUUAAAUCAGAUUCAUCUAAUACAAAACGAUCAUAUAAUGGAUUUUUACUUUAUUUUAUCGUCACACCAGUUCGUCGUUCUCGGCCAACAAAAGUAAUAACUACAACAAAUUUGAAUAUUCUCUCUGAUGAUGAUUCUACAAGUGUAAUUCAAAAACAAGCAGCUAGACUUGGUAUAGAUAAUCGACGACAAAAUAAUACUGGCUUAAUUUUACUUGUUAUUCUUCUCUCUGGCAUUCUUGUCAUUGUCAUAUGUGCCGUUUUACUCUACAAACGUCGUAAUGAUCGCCGCCUUCGCUAUUUCGUUGAAACAUUUAAUUCAUUUUUACCAAAACAAUCAAAAGCUGUAAGACUUGAUUCAUUUAAUAAUAGUGAUGAAACAAAAAUAGAUUUAAAACAUGAUUUAUCUUCAACAAAUGACAAUAAUAAAUCAAAUUUAAAAUAUUUAAAUGAAAUAUUUCAAGAUUCAGAUCAUAUUUAUUCACCAGAUCCAGUUGAAAAGAAAGAUUUUUUAGAAACAAAUAAUGAUAAUUCACUUCUAUAUGAUUAUAUUGAUUAUGAAAUAAUUAAUCAACAAAAAAAAUGA